CCGGAAUUCUGCUCCCUCGCCGACAAGCCACCGCCCGAACGCAGCCGACCACUAUAAAAACUAGCCUCCCUCGCCUCCACCUCGCCAUCGACAGCCGAUCGACUCGAACCCCCGGGUAGCAGUCUCCGUCUCGCGCUUUCCACUCCCACCGAGCUCUAUCCACACCGUUCCACUUCCACCACCUGCUCCUCGUCAUCGUCCAUGGAGGGCAAGGACGGCAAGCAUGACGCCUCCGCCGCGCCCCCUGCCGGCGCGCCGCAGCCCGCGCCGGGGCAGCCGCAGCCGCAGCCGCCCGAGGCGGCGCGGUGGGGCACGCGGCAGAUGGGCCCGCCGGCGGCGCCUGGGGCGCACCCGGAGAACCAGGAGGCGGCGCGGUGGACGGCAGCGCGCGGGGACCAGGAGCUGCCGCCUUACGUCGUCGUGGGGGAGCCCGUGCCGCAGCAGCAGAGGCAGAAAGGGGACAGCCCCAUGGAGCACAUCCUCGACUUCUUCAACUCCUGGAGCCGCAAGGCCGAGGAGCUCGCAUCCAACAUCUGGUUCAACCUAAAGACUGCGCCGUCGAUGUCCGACGCGGCGAUGGGUAAGCUGAGCCUGGGCGCCAAGGCGCUGUCGGAGGGCGGGUUCGAGAAGCUGUACAGGCAGACCUUCUCCUCGGGCCCCGACGAGCAGCUGAGGAAGACCUUCGCGUGCUACCUGUCGACGGCGACCGGCCCCGUCGCCGGCACGCUCUACCUGACCAGCGCGAACGUCGCCUUCUGCAGCGACCGGCCGCUCUCCUUCGCCGCGCCGUCCGGCCAGACCGCCUGGAGCUACUACAAGGUGAUGAUCCCGCUGGAGAAGGUCGCGGCGGUGGAGCCGGUGACGAUGAAGGAGAGCCCGCCGGAGAAGUACGUCCACGUCGUCACCGUCGACUCCCACGACUUCUGGUUCAUGGGCUUCGUCAGCUACGACAAGGCCGUGCACCACCUCACCGAGGCCGUCUCCCACCGCUCGUCAUCCCAGCAGCAGGGCGUCGCCGGCGCCGCCGCUGCCGGCACCAAGUGAUGAGGGUCCCUCCGUUCGCCGGAGAGCUGGCAGAGAGUAGUGCUUUGUGCCCUGCUUGUUGCUUGAGAUGGACGAUUUACCGAGUUCUGUGUCUGGGGAUGGAUGUUUUUGACUGUGUGGUACGUUUCCGUGGCAUUUGUGAAUUGUUUGAUGUGUACGGGCACUUGUUAAUGGCAGAUGGUUUUGCUUUAUCCA